AUUAGUACAUUUCUUUUGUAUCUAUUGGAAAAUAUUCAAAAUAAAACAUAUGAGACCCUUUCCGUUUAUAGAAAACCUUGUCCUUGGAAAGGGGCACUUCUCGCUAUUCAAUCAUACCGAUUUGACGGAAUCAUUAUUAAUUCAACCAUUAUGAUAAAUGACUUGAAGAAAAUUGCUGUGCCGGUGCCCAGCCUAUAAAACGCGCACAUACCUCGUGACUGGGAACCAGCGACAAAUCGGUAUAAUGCAUGCUGGGCAGCACGAGUUUGUACGGUCUUUUGUGCACGGGACGUUGAGGUGAGUAGAUGUGUUUAUGUGCCUAUGUCCCAAUGUGAGUAUUGUGUGAGGAAUUGUGAGCCUGUAUAUUUUAUAUGGUAUUGUAUUGUAUAUGUGUGUCUGUAACUGUGAGCCUGUAACUGUGAACCUGUGCGUGUAACCCUGAGUACGUUAGUAGUUCCAGGGGGUUAAGCCUGUGCAUGUUAGCCAGUGUCUAGCUGUGAGCCUGUGUGUAUUGUAUUAUAUUGUAUUUUAUGUGUGUUCAACACAUAUUUACCUGGAGGGCUUUUCCCAGAAGAUAUAAGUGAGUCUGUGACUUUGUAUGUGAGUCUGUGAGUUGCCUGUGAUUGUGUCAAUGACACGUAUUUCCCUGGAAGUGUAUUCCCAGAAGUAUAUGUGUAUGUAAGCCGGUGACUGUGUGUUUAAGUACGUAUUUGCCUGGAGGUGUAUUCCCAGAAGUACAUGUAUAGUGCCAUUUCGUGACGUGGACGAGCCGACGAGUUCCCUCGAAGACGACGAGGACGUUUGGUGCCAUCCUGACGAGGAUUCCAGUCGAUGUCUAUGUGAGUAGUAUUGUAUAUUAUCUUUGCUAUCGGUUGGGAUAAUUGUAUUAAAACCCACGAAUAGCUAACCGGGUGAAAACACUACAAUGGUAGUACGGGUGGGGUUUGUGUAAUUGUGUUUUAAAGGGAUCUUUUCACGCUUUGGUAAAUUGACAAAAUUGAAAAAAGUUGUUUCAGAUUCGCAAAUUUUCGUUUUAGUUAUGAUAUUUGUGAGGAAACAGUAAUACUGAACAUUUACCAUGGUCUAAUAGAGCCAUUAUAUGCAUCUUUUGACGAUUUUAAAACCUAAAAAUUAUAACGCGUUGCAACGCGAAACGAUUGAAUAAUUUGGAGAGUUCUGUUUUUGUCGUUAAAUUUUGUGAAACUACGAAGAUUGCUUAUAUAACGUAUAAAAUACGUUCAGUAUGUGUACUCGGCGGAAUAGCUCAGUAGGCUAAAGCAUUUUUACUUCAGGACUCUGGCAGGAUUCCAGGGGUCACUGGUUCGAAACCUGGUCCGGGCAAUGUUCUUUUCCUUUUUUUAAUUUUAUUCUUGAUUUUUUUACUGGAGCUUUUACGAUCCAAUGUUUACAUUUAUCGAUAUAAAGCAUUUAAUGAAUAAGUUAAAAAAUGCCAAAAUCUGUGAAAAGGCCCCUUUAACGGUUAGGCUAGUUCUAUAUAUAACUUUGUUGCAAAUAAAUCGGCAUCGUGAAAUUUAGUUUGGACCGUCGCAUCAAAUUUAAUUUAAAGUUCUGUGUUCGUUUUAAAACGUUAUUUCUAUAAUUUAACAGUUGCACGCAUUUUUCGUCUAUUUUUAGUCGUGUGUAAAAACAGACGGCAUCAUUUUUCUUCAUUGUUCGCAUUCGCCGGCCGGGUUAUCAGUCGGCGAAAUAUUUGUUAAAAAACGUGAUUGUCCAAUGCUGUUUGUAACAGGUUCAUUGCUUGUGUAAUCAACGGACGGACACGUGUUUUUUAUUGGCAAUUUUUCCCGUUAUUAGUUGGCGCGAAUUCUGUGCGCAGCAGUUCAUAAUAAACGUGUUUGGUUGACUGCUUUGUAUCAGUAAAGUCCGAGGAAAUAGAAGUUUACGGGCACGAGUUUUGUCUAUAUAUAAUUCUUUUUAGAGCAGUGUUAUUGCGAAUGUAAACUGGGUCCCGGGAAAUUGGUGCUUAACGUAAAGUUAAAGCGACGUGUUUUUUAUUUGCAGUUUUUGAUUAAUUAUUUAUAGGAACAACAGCGGUAGCGAUUUUAUUUAUCGUUUAUUAGUGAGCAAUUUUAUGUUAAUUGUCGUCCAGUUCUACGCUGAUUGGAAUUUUAUUUUUCCGAAGUAUUUUUUAAUUUUAAAUAAAUAAAUUGGCAAUGAUGAGUUGCGUGGGCAGCAAGAGUCGCUCACCGGGGCCACAAUUAAUACGAGUAAAUGUUGACCCUCCCAAUGUAUUGACAUCUAUUCCGGAGGUGGGGCCAAAAUUGGCUAAGGUCAUUGUGCAGUUUAGGGAGAUUGCGGGGAACCUGUCCCCAGACUCGUUGGGAGUGAUUAUUCGGCGGCCUCUGGAUCGAGAGGAUAUGCGGUUGUUGGACUUCCGUCCUUACCUAAUGUUGUUGGCUGAGGCCUUUGGGGAAGGGGAUGAAACCCAUGAUGAGGGGAUGGGGCGGUUGUUAUUAGGUGGAUCAGUUGACUCACACGAAAGGUGGGGGGUAGGUAUGCCUGUCCAAAAGGAGGGGCCCUAUGCUCAGGAUCGGGUAAAGGCCGAGCUUGCUUCCCAGAUAUCCGACUUGGAGGCGGAUAUCACGGCUUGCUGGGAAGAGCUUCAGGUUAGAAUGAGGGAACCAUUGCCCCUUUUUACAAAACCCCAGGUACCGAUAAACCAGCCUAUCAUAUACAAUCAGCCUGCUACGUUGGCGUCUAUUAACCAACAUAGCAUGUACAAUCAGCCUGCUAACCUGGCGCCCGUUAACCAACUUAGCAUACCAAAUCAGUCUGCUAUGUUGGUACCAAUCAACCAACUGGUAAUACCUAAUCAGCCGGCUACGCAGACGCUCAUCAACCCGCCUGUAAUACCGAGCCUUCCUGUUGCACUCCUGCAUGCAACUACACAAAACCCUGCUACUCCGAGUAAUCGGGAUGUGAUUACCCGGAUACCUAAAAACUUGCAGUUUGACGGUCGUAGCAAUUGGCCAGUAUUCCGGGGCAAGUUUGAGCGCUAUGCCAAAUUGCACAAAUGGUCAGAUGAUGAGCGCACCGAUGGGUUGGUUUGGUGUUUGGCGGGAAAAGCGUCAGAUUUCUAUGCAGUAAUAACUGAAGGCAGGGAAACUGUCCCUUAUAAGGAGUUACUGCAUCGUCUUGAAGAGCGUUUCGACGCCAAAGAGCUCCCUGCUACUGCGCAAGGGCGUUUCCAGGCGAUUUCUCAGGCGGUAGGAGAAUCAUUGGAUGAGUGGUCAGAUCGCGUACUUACGCUAGCCACUAAGGCAUUCCGAUAUCUGCCCCAAACAUACGCCACCGAGCAGGCAGUGGCAAAGUUUUGCUAUGGGCUACAUGACAGAGAAGCAGGCCUGCAGGUGAGCAUGCAGCAACCAAAGUCGAUAGGAGAGGCAAUUGAAAAAAAUAGAAUGUUCCAUCACAUUCAAUUUGCAUGUGCCCCUACCCAAAUGGAUGAGCAGGAGGACUUGAGAUGGGUUCACGCGGUUGGCGAGGAACCAAUUCCAGAGGUGGUGAGUGGGUCGGCGCUCGACAAGUUGAGCCAGGUGGUUGGUCAAUUGCAGGGUGCCGUGGAACUGUUGUCCAGCCCUUGUGGGACCCCGGAUGCUGUUCGCUGCGUCGAACGACCGGUUCCGUUGUUCCGUCCCGACGUUGACGAAGGAUGCUAUGGCGAGUGUGCGGCUGAGGAUCCCUAUCAAGAAGGCACCUGGAGCCGCGGCGGUCCACGUGGGCAUCGGAACCAACAUGCCUACGAAAGGGGAUCCGGCUCAAAUGCUUACCAUGGGAGCCCCGGGAACUGGCGAAACAACGGGUAUCGUAGUGGAUACCAACAUUCAAAUUUCCGCCAUGAGGGAUCCAAGCGAGGAAGAUAUGGGUCUAAUUCGGGCGAAUAUCCUGGUAUGACGCGGCGGGGCAUAUCUUGCUUUAAGUGUGGUGGAUUGGGACAUUUCCAGCGGAAUUGUCUUGAAAAUACCAUGUCCUUGGCCAACCAUGAGGAGAAAGCGCCCGUAGUGGUAGCGGAUGAGCAGUCGGGUCAACCGAAAGUGGUUCAUGAAAACCAGCUAGGUUCGGUGUCCCAGUUCUGCAUGAAGGUGCAGGUGGGAGAUAUCGUGGUUGACGCAGUGGUUGAUUCGGCAGCAGAGGUCAGUAUUAUCUCUGAUCGGAUCUAUGAGGCCAUGAAGCAGCCACCUCCCAAGCUGGGUGAUGUCAAGUUGUUGAUGACAGGAAGGGACUACUCCAUGCCGAGUUUUGUCGAAGGCCCAGUUGAAUUUAAGAUUGGCAACUGCUGGUAUCGGGAGCAUUUGCAUGUAGCUCCGACAGAUGUCGAUAUGCUUCUUGGGUUCGACAUUUUGGUAAAUCCAGGCAGAGCCAUCAUUAAUAUGGCAGAGGCCACCAUUAUUUUUGAUGGACAGGUUUUGAACCUCGAGAGGGGAGUCCCACAGCAUGCCAAGGACGUGCACGAUGCAGUUCCCUUGGUGCAGCCAAAUGUCGUCCGUGAUCCAGGGAUGGUCAUUGGCAAUAUCACUAAAGGAGACCAUGGGGAUCCUGUGUGCGUGGAUGCAUUUCGCGUACAACGGGUGUACGGGGAGUCUGCGGAAGCAGCCAGCCGAGAGGCGGCAGAAGUUGCCCAGGGAGGGGAAAUUGGCCAGGCAGCGCGAGAGAUGGCCAGGUCGGCCACUGGAGAUGGGGCCAAACCGAUCGCCGGACAUGUGGAUCCGGCUGAUGUCGCUGCAGCGGACCGCCGGAAGUGUGCGACCGGAUACGGAGUCGCCGCGGGUGACCACCGAGGGGGUGGCGCAUCCGGAUACCGAGUUGCCCCGGACAAAAGAAGGGAGGAUGAAUUUCGAAGGCCUGUUAGGCGUGGCUUAAGAGGAUGGCGACCCUCUAGUUCUCGCCGCUGGGAGCGGUCCCAGCGUUGGAAAUUAGGUUGGCGACCACCAGAGCGUCUUACUUCCAAAAUCUGUACCGCCUAAAAUUGUAAAUGGCGAGGUUAAUUGUUAGUAAGACUAAGAAAACAAUUAAAAAUACAAUAUUCCCCCAAUUAAAACAAUUACAGUAACGUUGCAGUCACAUUAUACUAAACAGCGGUAUGGUCACCUAUUUUUGUGAUCCUUUUAACUACUCUGAUGUUUUGUUACUGGAAACUCUAUCCUAUUCGCGGUUUUGUUAAUGUAUUACGUUGUACGCAGAAGACCAAAAGUAAGAUUUCUAUUAAACAUUUGGAGUAAGUUGAUUAGAUUGUUUUGAAUAGAUAUAUGUCCUAUUGUCUCAGUUUAAGACCAGGCUUUUAUCGCAAUAUUGUUGGAAUUAUAAAAUUGAAAUUUAUCUAAGCAGUGCUCUGCGAAAAGGGGGUUUAAUGCAUAAACAUAAGGUGUCGUCCCAAAUUAUCUUGUUCUGUCCGCGCUUAACUUCCUGUAAUUUUUGUAUUACCGCGCUAAGAAUUGCUUUGCACAGUCACGGAUGUGUUUGAUUAUUUCCCGUGAAGUCUGGUUUUUUCUCUUAUGGUCAGGUGUGACAUUGUCGCACGACCACUGUCACACUCCAUACUGUUUGUGUUUUUUUUUAUUGGCCGGAAGUGGUAUUUCCCGGAAUUCUUCUUGUAAACAAUAUUUGCCUGUCUUUUUAAAGUUUUAUGUGACGGCAACGGUCUAGUUUCGUCGCUUUGAUUUUUUGAAUGGCUGGAGAUGUUUUCCGGUGCAUGUACACUUUUAAUUUGUUUUUAUUUUUGUAAAGUAUAUUAUUUCUCAGUGGGAUCUUCACAUUCUAAUACAUAAGGGAAUGUACUUGUUGGACGAAAGCCAACAAUAAUGUUUUUUCUUGAUUAAGUAAUUGUCAGACGAUAGCCGACAAGAAUGUUUUUUUUUAUUUACUAAUUUGAUGGAAUUUUAAAUAUGCAAGAAACAUAUUGGUCACUAACCGCUAGAAUGCAGCGGUCUGUAUGUACCCCGCUGGGCAAAGGCACUCCUGUGCCUGCGGGAAGGGGGAAAUCAUAGUCCCAUUUGAGUGUCUGUCUUUUCUGCCUUGGGUGCGACUGUACGAUUACCAUGGGGGCGGCGGCCCAAGAGGAGAAAAGUGGGAGGAGUGUAGUGGGUACAAUAGUUUUUGUUUUAUUUUAGUUGUAUUUCCCUCCAGAUAAUGUCAAUAAAAUGAAUUUGUAACAUUAAAAGCACUUAUAGGUAUUAUACUUGGACAAAAAUAAGAUUAUUUUUAUUCUUAUACUUUUAACCUUUUGCCACUUAGAUAUGUAUAAUAACGCAUUUGUAGUCCCUUUGUUAAAAUUCUUGUGAUUGUAUAAUAUAACCAAGAUGAUUUUUAUUGUAGAUUAUGCAUUUCCAUGUGGGGGUGAGGGCCUUAUCAUGUGUGCUGCAAAGCGGAUGUAUUUGUCGCAUUUAUGUUAUUUGUUAAAAUUUGUGAAAAUAGGUUGUAAGGUGGGUGCUCCUGUCCAUUCAUUGUGUAGACAAGAAAAGGACAGGAGUUACAGGACCUUGUUUUGAAAAAGAAGGCGAAUUUUUUGGCAGAUUUGUUUUUACACAAUUUUAGGCUUAUAUGCAUCAUCAAAUUAAAAGCAGUCACAGUGACUAUUGAUUUCAUUUAAUUAUGGCUUUAUGGUUAAAGCGUAUAGUUUCAUAGUUGUGCAAAUUAGCAAUUCACUGAAACUGUUUUCGUUUAUCAUGUCUUUGCAUUUUGUAAGCAAGCCUAUUUGCACUAAGGCAUAACCAAUUGUGGGUUACUGUGGGUUAUUAUUCUAAGAUUAUUAAAAGGAAGUAUCUGACAUUUAAUGGAGAUGAAUUAAUUUUAGUUGUGGUAUAUUGCAGACGUUGCGCAGAAAGAGAGGUCGGACGAAAGCUGGCCGGCAUGCAGACCUAACAUUGAGGUGUUAGGUCAAGGUGCUUACGCGAGGGGCACUAUUACUUCAUCGGUAUAUAGCGCCGGUACGAUUCCUUCGCUGUGUGGCGUCGUCCCAAAAGGAGAAAAGUGGGAGGAGUGUUGUGCCGGUGCCCAGCCUAUAAAACGCGCACAUACCUCGUGACUGGGAACCAGCGACAAAUCGAUAUAGUGCAUGCUGGGCAGCACGAGUUUGUACGGUCUCUUGUGCACCGGACGUUGAGUACGUAUUUGCCUGGAGGUGUAUUCCCAGAAGUACAUGUAUAGUGCCAUUUCGUGACGUGGACGAGCCGACGAGUUCCCUCGAAGACGACGAGGACAUUUAGGGCCAUCCUGACGAGGAUUCCAGUCGAUGUCUAUCAGCAGAGAUGAUGUCCCGAAAGUGGCCAACUACGUUGAAGUCACCGUACCUCAGUACCUCCCAGAUGACUUUACCUUUUUUUGCAUGACAAGGGGUACUUUUGAAGGAGUCCUGGAGAGAAUUUCAAAUGAUGAUCAGCUUCAUAGAAGGAUUGCAACUGGGGGUUGUGAACAAGUUCCAUUGGAUAAGGACUUACUAAUGACGCUUUGGUAUUUGGGUAAUUUAGAGACAGUCAGGUCUAUUGCAGACCGUUUUAACGUAUCAAAGUCAACUUUCUUAGACCAUAACCGAAGAAUGCUGAUAGUUUUAUGUGACAGUUUUCUUAAGACAGUUAUAUGUUGGCCAUCAAACAAUGACAAGCAGACUGUGAUUGAUGAAUUUCAAAAUAAGAAAGGCUUCCCUGGAGUCUUGGGGGGCAAUAGAUGGGACGCACAUAAAAAUUUCGGCACCAAGGAAAAGGUCUCCAGACUACUUCAAUAGAAAAGGACACUAUUCAAUAAUCUUGCAAGCUGUUUGUCAAAAAGACAGGCGUUUCACAAAUGUGUAUUGAGGGUGGUCUGGAAAGGUGCAUGAUGCACGCGUUUUCCGUAACUGGCGUUUAUAUGCUGCACUUCCCGGGUUUACUGGAAUGAAUCACAUAAUAGGAGAUGAAGCUUAUCCGAUUUCUAGAUAAUUGAUGACACCAUUUUGCGAUAAUGGUCACCUUUCAAGGGAACAGUUGAACUUCAACUAAGUCUUUCUGGCACCCGUGUCCUCAUAGAAAACAGCUUUGGCAUGUUAAAGAGUAGAUUUUGCAGACUUAUGUUUAUUGAUAUGGUGGAUGUAGAGUUCAUUGUCAAAACAGUCAUUGCAAAUUGCGUGCUGCAUAAUUUAUGCAUUUUAAAUGAAGAUGAAAUUGACAUUCUUUUUGAAAAUGACGAGUAUAACUUUUCAUUAUUUGUACCUCAAAAUAAUGUCGAAGGCGUUAUGAAAAGAACAAUUAUAACCAGGCAGUUAACGAUAAAAUCAAUUAAUAAGCUUUCGGUUUCUGUUCUACCUGUUGAGACAAUUUAGUUUGGUUAACUUUUUAUAUUAAAAGUAAUGAAACAUACUAAUACAAAUUUUCAUUGACCAUUAUUUUUGAAAGUGUUUGGUUUUCACUAAUACUGCUCAGUAGUUAUUGUCCCCUACCGGUUUCACCAGAGGGGACUUAUGGUUUGCGCUCUGUGCGUCCGUAAGUCUGUCACACUUUUCUGGAUCCUGCGAUAACUUUAUAAGUAAAGUUCUUCAUAUUUGUUCAUGAAACCGGAGGGGACUUAUGGUUUGCACUCCGUCUGUCAGUCUGUCUGUCAGUCUGUCUGUCAGUCCGUCACACUUUUCUGGAUCCUGCGAUUACUUUAAAAGUUCUUCAUAUUUUUUUCGAGAAACUUAAAACAUGGACAGAUGGCAAUAUGGAGAUUAUGCAUGUCAUUUCAUUUUGUUCCUAUGUCAAGAAUUCUGGUUGCUAUGGCAACAAAUAGACUAGAAAUACUGCUAAAAUUGGUGGAUCCUGCACACUUUUCUGGAUCCUGCGAUAACUUUAUGUUCUUCAUAUUUUUUCAUGAAACUUGAAACAUAGAUGGCAAUAUGGACAUUAUGCACGUCAUUUUAUUUUCUUGAUACAUCAAAAACUCUGGUCGCUAUGGCAACACAUAUAUAAAAAAUAUAUAUAUAUUUCUGACAAUGGUGGAGCCGGUAGGGGACAUAUAUUGCUUGGCAAUAGUCAUGUUAACAUUAUUUUGUAAUCAGACGGUUAGUUUUGAGUCCUGAUCAUGCAUUUAUGUUCAUAUUUUUUAAAUAAAAGUAAUAAAAAAUUAAAGUGUCCAUAUGUCUGUUAAAUGAUAAGGUAUUUGUUUAUCCAACAGAAUUGUUUUCACAUGUAUGCAAUUCUAUGUCCUUGAAAAUAUGUCUAUUGCUUUUAAAUUAAAUUUACUAAAAAGCUA